ACAGAGUUACAAAAUUAUUUAUUAUUUGCAAAUUGCAAUUUGUUUUCAAAAAUGUAUGAAAAGUUUGAAUAAAAUAAGCUAUCUUAUAUUUUACAAGAAAUUGCGCAUAAAUCAGCGCAAGCUGCGCAGAUGCACAUGAUAAUUUAAUUUUGGAAAAUUUAAGUGAUUGUAAUAAACAUAACCUUAAUUGUUUGAAAUUUGCCAAUUUUUUAUCAAUCAUUCCUUUUUCUGAAAAUUAUUAGAAUUGCAUUAUGUUUUUUUCGUGAUACAAUAAUAAUAAAAAAAUUAUUGUAUCAUGUUUUUCUGUUUUCCCUAUUAUCUAUUCUAACAUAACCUUAAUAUUUGUCAGCUGUUCUCGUUUAAAUUUCAAGAUUGUCAAAUCGGAAAGAAACUAUGGACCUUAUGCCGUUUUACAAUAAUUUUGACAAAAGUUUUAAAAAUAAUAAAAUUAAAAAAAAUGUUUGCAAUACGUGGACACACUUAGUAGUAUUUUUAUGCAUCCAAAUUAGAUCACAAAUAAGAUCGAAACGUUUUUUCCUGCAAUAACUGUGCCUAUAUCACUUUUAAAAAAUGUAAAUAACAAAUUGUUUUAGGACCCUCCUCUGCAACGACUGUAGAAGAGGCGAUCACGAUGGUCGCAUCAACAUCCAGAAAAAGUGAACUACCUGUACGUUUGGCAUCUAAAAGACAAACAAGUCUAAAGGGAUUCAUUUCAAGGCCAAUUCCAUUGACCCGUCAAAAAAAAAUUAACGAUCUAAUACUAAACAUGAUUAUAACGGAUUUACAGCCCUUUUCGAUAGUAUCAGAUCGUGGAUUUCGAAAGCUACUAAAUGAGUUGGAACCAUCAUAUUUAAUACCUAGCAGACCCACUUUUAGUAAAUCCCUUAUGCCUGCCAGGUAUGAGGAAAAAAGUGAAAAAUUAAAAAAUCUCCUUAAAACAGCUGACCAUGUUAUGGUAAGUACUGACAGCUGGACUUCUAUUAACAUGGAAAGUUACACCGCGAUUACAGCACAUUUCAUAAAUAGUGAUUGGCACUCUCAAGGGUGUCUACUUUCAUGUUUUAGCUAUAGUGAUCGUCAUACAGCAGAAAACAUAGCUAAAGAAUUAAAAAGAGUUACUAAUGAAUGGGAUAUUUCCGAAAAAAUAUACGCCAUUAGUACUGACAACGCGGCAAACAUUGUAGCAGCAACCAAAUUGACCGGAUGGGUUCACAUACCAUGUUUAGCGCAUACGAUAAACUUGAUUGUUAAAGACGCCUUAGUAACUAUAGAAGAAUUAAUAACAAAAGUAAAAAAAAAUGUGGAAUAUUUUCAUAGGAGUUCCCAGGCGACAGCUAAACUAAUGGCAACUCAAAAACAACUAAAACCUGAUGAAAUUCCUUUAAAACUAAUCAAUGAUGUGGCAACACGGUGGAACUCCACAUUCUACAUGUGUGAGAGAAUAGUUAAGCUAUCAGAACCUUUAGCUGCAACAGUUGGUCUUUUGUUAAACCCGAUUAUUCUCCCAACAGAAGAAGAAUGGGUGACUUUGAAAGAGAUUUGUCUUGUUUUAAAACCUUUCGAAGCAGUAACAGUUGAAUUGAGUGCAGAGAAACAAGUUACCCUUUCAAAAGUUAUACUUCUGGUAAAGGGUUUACACUCAUCGUUGGGAAAGACAAGAAUGACAAUAAUGAGUGAAGUAGGGAAAAAUUUAAUAAAUUCUCUACUCGCUUCUAUAACUGUUCGCUUUGGGAAUCCAGAAAACAAUCUAAUAAUGGGCAAAGCUUCUUUCCUAGAUCCUAGGUUCAAAACAAAAGCAUUUGAUUCCGAAGACUCUUUAAAGCGAGUUAAAAAUAAUAUCCAGGAUGAAGUAGUUGCUUUGAUAAAAAAGAACUUACAAAACAAUAAUGUAACUGAAAUGUCCACAAAUACGGAAAUUUUAGAAAAUAAUGAUGAUGACAUAAUUUGGCAAGAUUUUGAUCAUUGUGUAAAAACAUCUUUACAUAUUACAAGUCCAGUAGCGAUCGCUAUAGCUGAAAUAAAAAUGUAUUCAGAAGAGGCAAAUCUUGACAGAAAAAAAGACCCUCUUAUUUGGUGGUCUGAGAGACAGAGAGUGUAUCCCUGGUUAUCUCAAUUAGCCAAAAAAUAUCUUUGUAUCUGCGCUACAUCUGUUCCAUGCGAACGGAUAUUUUCAAAAGCUGGCCAAAUAGUCACCGAACGGAGAAAUAGGUUAAAAUCAAAAAAUGUAGAAAAACUAAUAUUUUUACAUUGUAAUAACGACUUAUAGACUUAAAAUUACUAGAGUUUAGUUUUAUCUAGGUAUGUUAAUUUUGUUACUCUGCCUUAAAUUUAUUAAUUUAGUUUCAUGUUUUUAAUAUUUGUGUUAACUAUAUUCUAUUGUUGUUAUGUUUCCGUUAUGUACCUACCCAUGUAUGAUACCAUGUAUUAUUUUUGUAACCAAUAUAUUAAAAGUAACCGUUUCAGGAAGAAAACAUUAAAUCCAUUAUCAAGAUCAAGUACCAAGUACCUAUACCUAAUAAUGUCAAAUAUACCCUAUCCUUUAUAUACCCGUUCGAUAUACCUUUUCCUUUUAACAGUUUUAAUCAUGUCAUGAAAUGAAACGCAAACGUCGCAAACUGAUAUUUAUGAAAUAUUUAUUUUCGUAUAUCGUUUAUCGUUAUUGUGCAUAUAAUACUUACCCAUGAUAUACCAUACUUGUACUGCGAAUCGACAAAGAGAAGUAGCAGUAGCAGUUAAGUAACGGGUAUUAAGUAGCAGGUACUGAUAAUAAAAGUAACUACUCGGAACAGGUAUU